GUCAACGUUUCUCACGAGCAGAUUUUUAUGUUCACUUCAGCGCAAGCUUUCGAACCUAGUAAAUUACUUUUAACCAAAGAAAUGGUUGGGCAGUGAAGGUAGCUCGCUUUUAUAUGACCAUAUAUUUCAACAAGUUUAAAACAAAAGUCUUUAGCAAAAUAAGGAUUUUUACUUUGAUAGCCUGUUUUGUUUCAGCCAAAAUAGGUCAGGUUGCUUUCACACAAGCUAGUUAACGUAGCUAGCUAGGUUCGAGGUUAGCAUAACGUUAGCGAUAGGCUAAAGCUGUCAGUUGAACCAGUUCUGUAGCACAUUUAUCUUCUUUAUUGUCAACCAACAAAAGAUGGCAACUCACAAGGGAUGUGCUCUGAAAGGCAAAGCAAAAGGCACUAAAACCACCUCAGGCAAACCCCAUAUGGAGGACUUCAAUGGGAGUUUCAACAAAGAAAACCUUCAAGUAGUUGAGGCUGAGACAUUGAGAGGAAGGAAACGUCUCUCAGAGGCAGAUGAUGACAUUGACAUUGACAUCACCAAAGGAGGGGAUAUGAUGACCAUGUUGGACAGAUUUGGAGCGGACAUCAACAAAGCUUUCCUGGCAAAACGCAAACGCUUGGAAACGUUCACCAAGUCCUCUGUGAAGACCAGCCAUCAGAAGAUUGAGCAGUUAUGGAGGGUCCAACAAAGAGACAGGAGUAAAGUGACAGAAGACUACUGCACCCAGUUCAAUGCAGUCUUCAACCAGUGGGACACAGAUGUGCAAAAGUCCAAGGAUAACGAGGAGAAACUACUGAGCAUGUUCCAGCACCAGCAGAAAAUGUUUCAGCACAUGAGGGCCUCCCAAAGCCAGAGACUGAAGACUCUCAAGCAGCUGCUAGAGCAGUACAUCCAGAGCCUUGAUACAAUGGAGAAGACCCAUAUCAGCCAGCAGGGUGCAGUACAGGGCGAGCUGCGCCAGGAAAUGGCACUGUUUCAGAAAAAGAUCCUCAUGGACACACAACAGCAAGAGAUGGCUACAGUGCGCAAGUCUCUGCAGACGAUGCUGAUGUAAAUUAUUUAGAUUGAAGGGAGCCAAGAAGAAUCAAGUUUAGUUUAUGACUGUGUUCCAGAUAGACCUUUACAAUGGCCAGAGAAGUGUUAAACAUCUCAGGAACAAUAUCAACCUUGAUUCUUUAAUCUGCAAAUACCAGUAAUGGUUCCAGGGAGAUGGGAGUUUUGAAAUCUUACAUUUAUGGAAGUAUGGUGUGUACAUGUAGCAUUGCAUUUCUGUUAUCAACUGCUUCAUUCUAUGUUAAAUCUACUUAAUUAAACCCUGAUUGAGACAGGGAUGGAGAAAUUAAAUGUGACUUUAGUUGCUAAAA